AUGCAUUCACUCAGAAGGGAGUUGAGCGAAGGACUUCGUCCUCUCCAUGAAACUUUUGUUGCUUUGAUUCGUUUGUUUGGUUCUAAAGGCCAUGCUACCAGAGGCUUAGAAAUACUUGCAGCAAUGGAAAAGCUGAAUUUUGACAUCCGCCAAGCUUGGCUGGUUCUUAUUGAGGAGCUUGUUAGAAGCAAUCAUCUGGAAGAUGCCAAUAAAGUCUUUCUGAAGGGUGCCAAAGGAGGGCUGAGAGCUACUGAUGAGCUUUAUGAUCUUCUUAUUGAAGAAGACUGUAAAGCUGGGGAUCAUUCCAACGCAUUAACCAUAGCCUACGAAAUGGAGGCAGCAGGAAGGAUGGCAACCACUUAUCAUUUCAAUUGUCUUCUUAGCGUACAGGCUACUUGUGGGAUACCUGAAAUCGCUUUUGCCACAUUUGAAAACAUGGAGUAUGGAGAAGGCGCAGAAGAAAUCUGCAAAGCACCGGUGGCCAUGCUAGACCUUCAGAAGCUGUACAAAAUCAAGAUGGACACAUCUGCUCAUGUUUUGUAUCUGUUUAUGGAAAGACGACCAAAUGGUCUAAUGUCAUAG